AAGAUACAAGCCCACCUGAGGCGCAACCAGCAGCUUUCCACUCCCUGGCCGAGAGAGGCCCCAGAUAAAAUCCCCGUUUGUGCGCUCCGACAAGCAGGUCGUAUCGUAAGUCGAGCCCUGUCUCGCCUCUGGCUUCUCGCAUUUAGCCCUUAGCCUCUGGCCUCGGGCCUCUGGCCUCUCGCGUUGGCCAGGCUUGCCCAAGUUGCCACUAGCGAGCGGGACGAGCGACGUCGAAAAUCAGCUGGGCGACAAACAAGGCGGGCGAUGGAUUUUCGCGCGUCAGUCGUCGCCGAGCCUCCCGGCGAUGAUUCCGCGUCGCCGAUCCACGCCCUCUCCGACGACCUUCUCACCUCCAUUCUCCGUCAAGUCCUAGCCGCCGAUUCUACUAGCGCAUCCGAUACAAGCACACCCGAUAUAAGCGCCAGCGAUUCCCGCCCGUCCUACCAGGCGGCUCUGGUCUGCAAGCGCUGGUCGCGCGUUGCGCCGCUCGCGCUCACCUCCCUCGCCGUCCGCUCCGCCUCCGCCGCCCCCUCCGCCUUCCCCCCCGCCUACUCUACCCCCAAGCGCGAGCUCCUCUCCCGCCGCCUCGAGCAGGCGCUUCUUAAAUUCCCGAACCUGACUCGCCUGCAUCUCGACAGCCACACGAUCGACUUCAUCGACGAUCGCUUCCUGCGCGCGUUAGGCUCGGCAUGCCCGAACCUCAAGUACCUCUUCCUCGGCAAGGUUCGCCUGCCGGUUCGGCAGCCGCUGGUGGACGCGGUGAGCGAGGCCGGCCUCGCGAGCGUGUUUCGCGGGUGCCGGCGGCUCGAGGAGGUGUGCGUGCACUGCGCGCCGAACAUCAAGUCGCUCCCCGCGUCGCUCCUCGAUCUCUCCGCGCUGCGACUGCUGCAGCUCGAAGCGCCGAGCCUGAAGGUCCUCCCGGUGGUUUCCCCGGGGAGAUUAAGAUCGCUCCGCGAUUUGCGGCUGCUGUCAUGCAACGCGCUGCCGUGUCUGCCGGACUCGCUAGGGGACCUCGCGGGUCUCACGCAUCUGCGCAUCGAGAAAUCGGACAAUUUGGAGCAGUUGCCGGAUUCGUUAUGCGACCUGCAGCUGCUGGACGUCCUCGUUAUAAGCUCCUGCUACUGGCUCACGUCGCUGCCCGACGAUCUCGGGCAGCUGCCGUGCCUGCGCGUGCUGGAGCUGGACGGCUGCGGCGGGUUGUUAGAGCUGCCCGGCUCGCUGCCGCAGCUGCAUUGCCUCGAACGACUCGUUAUAAGCCGAUGCGGUAAUCUUACACUGCUGCCCGAAGAUAUCGGGCAGCUACCGCUCCUACGCGAGUUGGAAAUCAGCAAGUGCAAUCGCCUGGUCGGCCUCCCGCCCUCCCUGCCCGAUCUAGCCGAGCUCGAGUUCCUGGAAGUUUCCGACUGCUCGCGUCUAGAGUCACUACCCGACGACCUAGGCCGCUUAUCCGUCCUUAAAACCCUGCGCCUCGCGUCGCUUCCUAAUCUUACCUCCCUGCCCGAAACCCUAGACCAGCUGACGUGUCUGCGGGAGCUCCAAUUGGAAGACAUCGACCAUCUUUUGGGCCUGCCCGAACCAGUAACGAGUCUCGGGCAGCUGGAAAAACUUGUUCUCGGGCUCAGCUGCUCGCCGUGCCUGCCCGAAACCCUAGGCGCGCUGACCCGUCUGAGGGAGCUGCAGCUGCGGCAGUGUAGCGGGCUAACGAGUCUGCCUGUAGCCAUGCGAGGGAUGACGCGGCUAGAGCGGCUGGUAGUGGAGGGGUGCGAGGAACUGGUUACAUUGCGGUUACCGGAGCGGAGCAGGGACAGGGAAUCGUGGGAAAGUGCGGAAGCGGCAGGGGCAGGUUCAGGAAGUGGCGGGGAAGGAAGGGCAGCUGAGCAGCGGGAGCACAGGCAGUGGCGUGAGCAGCAGGGGCGGCAGCAGGAGGUGGGCGUGAUUGCUGCGGCUGGCGUCGCACCACCUGUAGGCACUGUCACAGACGGACUCAGUCGUCUCUCUCUCGUCAACGGAUCCCUCCAUUCCGCCUCCCCCCUCCACCUCUCCCCCCCUUCCCACAGCUCUCCCCCCCUCCACUCUUCUCCCCCCCUCCCCCCCUCUCCCCGUCUCCGCGCCCUCUUCCUCAUGGGUUGUGUCGCCCUGCGCGCCCUCCCCGCCUCACUGACCGCCCUGGCUGCGCUGGAGCGGCUGGUGGUAACCAGGUGCACGGCGUUACAGUGGGCGCCGGGGGACGUGGCUGGGAUGCACGGGCUGCGGGAGCUGAGGCUGGAUGGGUGCAGAGCGGUGCUGCUGCCACCGUCGCUGGCGUGCUUGGGGCGAUUGGAGAAGCUGAUUGUAGUGAGUAAUGGGUGUAGCGGGAGCGGCGUGGGGGCGGAAGUGGGGGAGUUAAUAGACGGCACUAGCGGUGGUGAAAGGGAGGGCGACAGCAGAGAGCACAGCAGCCGAACUUGUCUGUCACCAGCCGGGAGGGACACAAGAGUUGGCACUGUGGCAGAUAGGAGCAGUAGGAGCAGCAGCAGCACCAACAGCAGCACAAAUAGCAGCAGCGAUACCAGUAACAGUGGCAGUAGCAGUAGCAGUAGCAGUAGCAACAGUGUCAGCAGCAACAGCCUCAGCAGUAACAGUGGCGUUAGCCGUAUCAGCGCCCUGAGUGGUAAUUGCCACGGGUCUUCAGGCAUAAGCGUCAGCAGCAGCGCGAGCAGAAAUGGAGCCAGCAACGGAUUCAUUGUAACAGAGUUACACUCACAGCUGCAAUCGCCCGCCUCGCUCGAUACUCCAUCUGCCGUUGUCCCAUCCUCUGCAACUGAUUGCUCCUCCUCUGCCUCUCACCCACUCUCUUCCGUUCUCCCCUCGCCGCCCCUCUCUCUCCCCUCCCAGCCCAUCUCCGCCCAGCCCCUCCCAUCCGAGCCCCUCUCUCUCCCCUCGCAGCCCCUCUCUCUCCCCCCCGCCAUGGGCCAGCUGGCCCAGCUGCGGGAGCUGGAGGUGAGCGGCUUCGACUCCCUCUCCGCCCUGCCGCCCUCCCUUGCCUCGCUGUCGCGCCUCACCCGCCUCUGCCUCACCGGAUCCAUCAAGCUCGCUUCCCUCCCUGACCCCCCCUGUGAUGGCGUUGGUGUAGCUAAAAAGUCCACCUCAUCCACCUCUUCUUCCUCCCCCCCUCCUCCUCCUCUGCAUCCUCCUCUUCUUCCCUCUCUCCCAUCCCUCCCGCCACUCCCUCUCCCCCCCCCGGCUCCUUCUUCCUCCACCUCACCAACCUUCGCGACCUCCAGCUAGACUCCUGCCUCUCCCUCUCCUCCCUCCCCUCCUCCCUCUCCUCUCUCUCCUCCCUGCACCGCCUGCACCUUGCCUUCUGCUCCUCCCUCUCCGCCCUCCCCCCCGCCUCUCCUCCCUCUCCCACCUCCGCUUCCUCAACCUCCAGGAAUGCAUCUCCCUCACCUCCCUCCCCCCCUCCCUCUCCUCCCUUGUCCGCCUAGAAGGGCUCUACCUCAAGGGGUGCAUUCAGCUGAAGAGCCUUCCAGAGGACAUUGGCCAUUUGCCGAGACUAAGGGAGCUGGAUCUGAGGGACUGUGAGGGGCUGCUGGCCCUGCCAGGGUCUAUCACACUCCUUACGGGGCUCAAGUGGCUGGAUAUCUUUGGGUGUAGCCGUCUGGAGAAGGACUCGGUGCCUGGGAGGAUUGGCCAAGCUACCAUCUAUAGGAGCUGAUGUGUUUGACGGUUGCACGCGGGCCCUGUUAGGGUCUAUCAUUAGUCUGGGGGCUCAUGUCACUCUGUUUCGGGAGGAUCGUCUAAAGUGAUUGGAUAUAUUUGGGUGUAGCAGUUUGGGUAAGGAAGGACUCGGUUCCUGGGUGGAUUUGAGGGGGGAGCGGGGUAUUCUAAAGGAGCUGGCGUGUCUGACGGUUGCAUGCGGACUCUGCCAGGGUCUAUCAUCUACCAUAUCUGGGGUCUCAUGUCACGUCACUCAAGUGGUUGAAUAUCAUUGGGUGUAGUAGUCUGGGCAAGGACUCUUCCCCUGUUAGGAUUGGCCAGACCACUAUCUAUAGGAGCUGGUGCAACUGGGAGCCAGGUGGUGCCCCUUAAGGAUAUGCCGCGAUGCUGCAUGGGCAGGGGGGUUCGGGUUUAGUCUGAAACCUGUAUAAGAGUAUAGACAAUGAUGCAGAAUGAGGGACCCUGAGUGGAGUGGUUUACCAUUUGUAGCAAGCCCAUUCUUUGUAGCACCCGUGAGAUCGAACGUCAGCUACGAUCGUGCUGUUUCGGUUCGGCUUGCUUUGUCAUAAGCUUUGCCUUGCCACUC